GAGACGAGCUUAGUAGAGAAAACAGGCAGGAGGAUCCCAAACAAGCGAAAGGCUAACGUCGAUAUUAAACUGAAUCGACCAAAUCGACGUCCGCUAAACUAAAAUAAUUUAACCUAAUUCAAAGUAACGACGUCGAUACCUUAUGUUUACGUCUUAGCUAUCCAAUUAAACUAUGUCAACCCCAGCAAGACGGCGUCUAAUGAGAGAUUUUAAACGUCUCCAGGAGGAUCCUCCAGCAGGAGUUAGCGGAGCCCCGUCUGAAAACAACAUCAUGGUCUGGAACGCUGUCAUUUUUGGCCCUGAAGGAACACCAUUUGAAGAUGGAACUUUCAAACUCACAAUAGAAUUUACAGAAGAAUAUCCAAACAAACCUCCUACAGUCCGGUUUGUCUCCAAAAUGUUUCACCCUAAUGUUUAUGCAGAUGGUAGUAUAUGUUUGGACAUUCUUCAGAAUCGUUGGAGUCCAACAUAUGAUGUUUCUUCAAUUUUAACCUCAAUACAGUCUUUACUGGAUGAGCCGAACCCAAACAGCCCUGCCAACAGCCAGGCAGCUCAGCUGUAUCAGGAAAACAAGAGAGAGUAUGAGAAACGUGUGUCUGCCAUUGUGGAACAGAGCUGGCGCGACUGUUGACCCUCCUUACAGUUCCCAUACGAACAAUAGUCCGCCUCAGCCAAUGAUAGGGAAACCACCGUGCAAAGCAUAAAAUAAAACAGAUCAUGAUUUGAAUCAUUCUCCACUUAUUCAGUAGAAUUGUCUGUUCUAUAGCUGUUGCAAGAUUAGAGUGUUGUUGUGUUGUGGUCUCCCUCUUCAUGCAGGACCUUAUCUUGGAGGAGGAUAAACCAUAAUUUAACAAAAUAUUGUUGCCAGGGUUACUUGCUUUUAUUUGGCCAGCCCUCAUUUUGGUCAUCUUUAUUUCCUUCUACACUGUGGGCUGAUUUCAUUUGGGUUAUUAACAUGUUGGUUUCUGUUUUCAGUAUGAUAUCUUUUUUUGAAUGUAGAGAUUUCGUUGCGUCUCUGCAAAAGUGUCACGCCAUUUCAGAGUUCCAAAUUAAAUGGCAAGGACCUUAAAGAUGGUUGAUACAUUGUCUGGUAUGGAAAGCGUACACGUUUCAGAAACUGCACUUGGAAAACCUGACUUUUUAAAACCAAAUGUGGGAAAUGGCCCUUUUUUAUCAAGUGUAAGUGGCUUGUUCUUUUAAUUCAGCAGUUCACAUUGAUUUUUAAGGUGUUGCCUAUUGACACUGACUGCAUGUUAGUUUGUCAGCAGUAAUUGUUUGAAGGUACACAGUGAUCUAUCUCAACAUAACAAAGUGGCAUCUUUAAGUGUGUUUUCUUUAGUUCUGUGUUCACUAUUUUUUGUCUGUUGCACGUUUUUCUUGCUUUUUUAAAAUUCCAUUAAAGUGCCGUUUAUUUUUGACAUUGAAUUGCUCCUCCAAACAUAUGGAUGUGAUACUGUCAUGCAGUGUCUAUUUUAGCUAAUUCAAAUCUUAAUUUUUCUAAUUUACCAAGAGUGUCCAAUUUGCACUAGUGACCCAUGUAAGAAAAUACAUUUUCUCACUUCUUGUAAAUAAACAGUAAAUAAACUC